AUCGGGAUCGGGAACAGGGCCUGAGUUAAUGUUCACCCACUGACCUCUGACUGCGGGAGCAAAGUCCGGAGCUCGGUAGCUCCGGGGGGAUUUCAGCGGCCCGGGGGGCUCGGCCGGGGGCUCCCUGGGAGCUGAGCAUGUUUCAGACCUUGUACAGCUAUUUCUGGUGGGAACGGCUCUGGCUCCCGGCAAACCUCACCUGGGCCGACCUGGAGGACCGGGAUGGGCGAGUCUACGCCAAAGCCUCCGACCUGUACAUCACCCUCCCCCUGGCCUUCCUCUUCCUCAUCGUCCGGCACCUCUUUGAGACGUACGUGGCCACCCCCCUGGCCGGGCUCCUGAACGUCAAGGAGAAGAUCAGGUUAAAAGCCACCCCCAACGCUGUGCUGGAGAAGUUCUACGCCUCCACCUCCAAACACCCCAAGCAGGCCGACGUGGAGCUGCUGUCCAAGAGGAGCGGCUGCUCCGUGCGGCAGGUCGAGCGCUGGUUCCGCCGCCGCCGCAACCAGGACCGGCCCAGCCUGCUCAAGAAGUUCCGGGAGGCCAGUUGGAGAUUCACCUUUUACCUUAUUGCUUUCAUUGCUGGCAUGGCUGUCAUAGUGGAUAAACCCUGGUUCUACGACCUCCGGGAGGUGUGGAAGGGAUACCCCAUCCAGAGCAUGCUGCCCUCCCAGUACUGGUACUACAUGAUCGAGCUCUCCUUCUACUGGUCCCUGCUCUUCAGCAUCGCCUCCGACGUCAAGCGCAAGGACUUCAAAGAGCAGAUCAUCCACCACGUUGCCACCAUCAUCCUCAUCAGCUUCUCCUGGUUCGCCAACUACAUCCGUGCCGGGACGCUCAUCAUGGCCCUGCACGACUCCUCGGAUUACCUGCUGGAGUCUGCCAAGAUGUUCAACUACGCCGGGUGGAGAAACACCUGCAACAACAUCUUCAUCGUCUUCGCCGCCGUCUUCAUCAUCACCCGCCUGGUCAUCCUGCCCUUCUGGAUCAUGCACUGCACGGUGGUUUAUCCGCUCGAUCUCUACCCCGCCUUCUUCGGCUACUACUUCUUCAACUUCAUGAUGGUGGUGCUGCAGUCGCUGCACAUCUUCUGGGCCUACCUCAUCAUCCGCAUGGCCCAGAAGUUCAUAACUGGAAAGGUGGUGGAGGAUGAGAGGAGUGACCGCGAGGAGACGGACAACUCGGAGGAGGAGGAGGAGGCGGCGAAGAACGGGCCCCUGUCCAACGGCCACCCCGUCCUCAACAACAACCACCGCAAGACCGACUGAGCGCCCCCGACCCAGAGCUGCCACCUCCCGCCGGGACCCCGGAGCGCCCUCCUGGGCCCCGAUUCCCCCCGGAGCAGAUUCCCCCCGGAGCGGGGCCGCGGCGCCGGGGCGGCCGUUUGUCCAGCUCACGCUCACCGUCGGUGCCCUUCCUGCCUCUCACCUGCUGCCUUAAUCCACUGCGGUCCCCGGGACAGGCGGGGAUCCCACCGGGAGGGCUCCCAUCCCACCGGGAUGGCUCCUUCCCUCCCACAGCCCCCUGGGAUCGAUCGGCUCUGCCCGAAGAGCUCGGCCCCGGCCCCUUGCUGGGCUGCAGCCUUGUGUUAUUCCCCCUUUCCCAACCAUUCCUUCACCGGGGAGGGGGAAAAGCCCUUUCCCUGCCCCGUGUCCGGCUGGCAAAGCCGGGCUCACUCCCUGCUCCACCACAGCGGGAGGGAGGAGCAGGGGAUUCCUGGGUGUUUUAGUGCCUAAAUGAUGGGAUGACACUUGGGGGAAGGAAGCUGUGGGGUUGAGUCACUCUUGGUGUCUCACGGAGUUUAAUCCCCUCAUUUCUCUUCUGUAAAUGGAUUUGGAGUCUCUCCCUCUCCGUGGCCUCUCCCAGUCCCUUCCCCAGCUGUAACAGGACAAACUUCCAAGUGAUUUUCCUUAUUUUUUUUUUUUUUCCUUUAGUUUUUUUUUUUUUUUGUAUUUAUUUGGAAGACAGAAGGAGCCGGGCUUGGCUCCGUCUCCCGCAUCCGCCCGGGAUGCUGCGAGAGCCCAGCGUGGAGGGGUGGGGGGGGGGGAACAAGGACCAUUAACCAAUGUCAGACCAAAACGUGUUCUGUUCUGUUCUCGUUUUUUAAAAAAAAACAAAAGGAAUAAAUAAAAGGUUAAAUAUAUUAAAAGUUUAAAAAAAAAAAAAAAAACAAA